AUGGCUACUGCUUGUGCUUUGUUCAAUGCUGUUGGAGGAGGAAACAUUACUACUGAUGAAACCAACAACAAUAGUACCUCUAACUCGAGUAACAACAGCAGUGAAGAUUUUCACAACAUACCUCAACGACAACAUUCUCCGUCUUCUUUACGAAGGUCCAAGAGUCUCAAGUGUUUUUUUGGCCAGAUCCUUGGGUUGCUAUCAACGGUGCUGCUGGUAGUGGUAGCAUAUCCAUAUUCAACAGUAGCAGAACCGCUUCUUUGGAUUCAUUUGGUUGGUCAUUUGGGUGAAGCUUAUGAAGAGUGGGUUCAUCAGCUCAUUGUUGCAAGGGAGGUUGCUGAAUUCUUGUUGAUGAGAACCAGUGAUGAUAAUGUAUCUAAGAAGGAGUUCAAUGAAAUUGAGUGGUCUGUUGGUCACCAUCCUCCCAGUGUUCUCAUCCCAAUUGCACAUGGUUCUGAAGAGAUUGAAGUAGUGACACUGAUGGAUAUUCUAAGGCGAGCAAAAGCUAAUGUCAUAGUUGCUUCUGUUGAGAAAACUCUUGGAGUUAUGGCUUCUCAAGGAACCAAAAUUGUUGCUGAUAAGUUACUUAGUGAUGUUCAAGAGUCAUCACAUGAUUUGAUUAUUCUCCCGGGAGGAACUGCUGGCACUCAAAGGCUAAGCAAAUCUAGAAUUCUGAAGAAGCUUCUAAAAGAACAAAAUUCAGCUGGAAGAAUAUACGGGGCCAUCUGCUCCUCACCUGCUAUUCUACACAAACAUGGUUUACUAAAGAACAAGAAGGCCACAGCUCAUCCCUCUGUCUUAGACGAGCCCAAAGACAGAAAAAAAUUACAAGCUGCAAUUAAGGAUUCUGUGUCUGAAAAUGAGGCAUUUCAGAAAGUAUUUGGAAAAGAAAAGCAUGGAUAUGUUCGUAGUAUGGGACUUGGAGUUACACCAUCUCAAAUUAAUAGAUCUACGAGAUCGACAUCUUCUUUUGCAGAAAGUGAACAAAUAAAGGAAAUGCAAGAAGAAAUUAAUGCACUUAAAGAAAAGAAUUCAAAAAUUGAUGAAUUAACACAGGCAAUCAUAUUCUUAACGCAAAGGGACAAGGCGAGGACAAAGGAAAUUGAACUCUUAAUGCAAAUGCAGAAUUUUAGUGGAAGACAGGGAUUGGAAUCACCCGCUGAUGGUAGACGUUCAUCUGAGUCUAGCUACCGUAUUGGAGAUAAUGGAACUUCAGGGGGGACAAAUUAG